GAGAUUGUUUAUCAGUCAGAUUUAUCGAGUCUAUCAGUAAGUUAUCUAUCACAUUACUGAUUAUAAUACUAACUAAAAUCUACUUUACAACGAAAAAAAGACUAGAAUACAUGUGUGUUGACGCUUUCAAAGCUACACCCGUUCAUAAAGUCUAUUAUUUUCUUCUAAUAUGGUAAAACAAAAACGCGAAAGAAGUGUUAACUUUACACCACAUGAAACCAACCUUCUGAUAUCGUUGAUUGAGUCCAAAAAGCACACCAUAGAGAAUAAGAAAAGCGACGCUACAACUUGGGGGGAAAAGCAGAAAGCUUGGCGGGAAAUCGAGAAGGCAUAUAAUAGAGCUUCGGAUUGUAAUGUGUAUCGCGAUCAUAAGCAUUUGAAAUUGAAAUAUGAAGCGUUAAAGAGGGACGCGAAGAAGAAAAGUGUUGUUGGAGCUGAGAACUGUAAGACUGAGGGUGGAGAUAUGGUAUCUCCUCUUAGUCUAGUAGAGGAGAAAGAUAGAGAAAUGAUUAGUUUGCCUGUAGAAGUUAAUGUGAGUGAAUAUGAGUCUGACUCAGACUCGGUUUUGGCAAGCAAGGUGACAGAUAAAAAGCCAUAUGACAGGCUUAUUGAAGAAAAAUUGGAAAUAGUUGAAAUUAAAAGAAAAAUUGUAGCUGAAGAGCUGGCACAGAAACUUAUUCAUAGGAAAAUUUUGGAAAAUGAAUUGGAGCAUAAAACUGUUAUGCAUGAAUUGGAAAAGCAGCACCUUCUUCUUAAGAUUGAAAUAUUAAAAAGAGAGCUGAAUGAAAAGUGAAAA